CCAACUCCAAAAUUAACUUCACAAUUACUCACUUAAUUACUACCCUAAUACUUUGUGUUGAACCCAAUUAAUGACUUUUGCAAAGAAUCAUGAACAAGUUAGAUAUGGAAAAUGUUCUUCAACUAACUAAGAAAGCCUUUUUUUUGGGUGAGGACAAGUGAAGGCCAUGCAAAUGAUUUGAGCACAUGGACAAAUGCCAACAUCCUUGAGAGUUUUAAUUAGUCUCCCAAAUAGAAUAAAAGUCAUGCCCUGGAAAAUCACACCCUUCCCCCAUUUUAAAUUUAUAAGAUAGACGACACACACACACCCAUGAUAGCAUUCCAUUUCCCGGAGAGGACGAAAACAGAGAAUACAAUGCAGCCAAGAGAGAGAGACCACAGCUCCUCCUUUAUUAUACAAGUAGGUGAUCAUCAACAAUUCCAUCACCACCACCAAUUUGAUCAUCAUCAUCAUCAACCUCCCAAAUUGAACUUGUCUGCCAUGAAACUCUUCAACCGCUUCCGGAAGAUAAUAAUGAGACUCUUAUUUUCUAUCCCAUCUCGAUCAGCUACCGCGUCUUCUUCAUCUUCCUCAGGAGCCACGAGCAGCACCCCCAGGCAAAGGAACAGCACCAGCUGUGACAGGUUCUUUGAGCCCCCAAAGACUUCAUGCAGUUCCUAUUAUUCAUCUCAUUCGCAUUAUAACGAGGCCAUCGCUGACUGCAUCGAGUUCUUUAAUAAGUCCUCCUCGUCUACCCAAGAGGACAUGUUGGAUUUUGAUCCACAAUCCAGCGUUAUGGUUUGAACUUUGAUAUAAAUGUUUCUUUUCGCAUGCACAUGCUCAUGUACUUAUGUACUUAUGUUUUGCCUCACUGUCUUUUUUCUUAUUAAUUCGUGAUCUUGUUUUGGUUUCAACUUCAAGCACAUUAAGCAUGUACUUGGUGCAACUAUGCAUUCCCUGUUGGUCUCGAUCCUCCUGUUCAAACUAUUUUAUCUGUUUUGCUGUUGUUGUCUCUUACAUUAUGCCUUAUUUAUCAUGUACAUAUACAUUGUU